GUAGCCAUGUCUUCGUCCGUUCUCCAACUCCAGGACCGUCUUCAGGCUGCCUCGACGGAUUAUCAGAAGUUGCAGAAUGACCUUUCUGUGAUUGUCGAGGCCAGGCAACGACUUGAUGCCCAGCUUCAGGAGAACGAGCUCGUCAAGAAGGAGUUCCAAUACUUGACACCAAAUAAUACAGUAUAUAAGCUCAUAGGCCCCGUGCUCGUUCAACAAGAUCAGGCGGAAGCCAAGAGUAAUGUUGACAAGCGGCUAGAAUUCAUUCAAGGCGAGAUCAAACGCGUGGAAGGCCAGAUCGAGGAGAUUGGAGAAAGGUCGGAGAAGAAGAAACUCGAGAUUGUCGAAAUACAGACUGCACUGCAACAAAUGCGUCAAGUUAAUCCAGCUGCAUCAUCACCAGCAGCCAUUCCUGCAUGAGGAAAUGUCAAUAUGUACGAUACUCACUGGUCGAAUGUAUCCAUAGCCCAAAGCAUAUUCAUUAGUAGUACUAUUACAAUAAGGGUCUCG